AUGUCAAAAAACAUUCGACGAAAAAUUAUCCGUGCUAUUCAAAGAACAUUUCGAUUAUCAUCUAGUAAAUCAAGUGAGUACUUUAUAAUUAUAUUUCAUAUUAAUAAUUUCAUUGCAGAAAUAAUAUGUUGUGAUGCUAUAAAGAAACCUAAUGAUUAUGCAGAUAUAUCGUAUCCAUCACAACAAAAAUCAACAAAAAAUGAUUAUAUUGAUCUAAGUGAAUGUUAUUCAUGGCCUUUAUUUUAUUCAAAAGAUUCUGGUAUAUCAUCAACUACUUCAGUAAAUAAAAACUGUUAUGAACUUGAAUCGACACGAAUAUUUUCUAAUGAUUCUUCUUCAUUUUCAAUUUCUUCUAAUUUAAGUUCUAUUUCACAUUUUGAUAUAAAUAUUGCAAGGAAUAUAAUUCCAACAUCAUUUCAAUGUUGUUAUUGUCAUUGUCAUUGUCAUCAAUAUGUCAAUAGUGAUAUCUUGUUCAAUCAAAUAGACAAUUAUUUAUAUGCACAAAAACAAGAUCAACAAAGAUUAAUUAAAAAUAAAAUUUAUCCUUUUAUCUUUUGA